AUGGGAAUUUCAACUGUCUUGUCGGGGGAAAUCUCGUCAACAGAAACGUCAGGAUGCAGAUAUCCCAGUCUUCUGGUUAUCCUGCACGAAAGGGUUCUCGGAGAAGGCUGGUCCGCUCGUGUUCAGAAUGCAGCCGAAGGAAGCAAAAAGCAAUGGCCGUGUAACAACUGUGCCGGCUCAAGAGCCCAUCUUUGUCGCUACGACCAUACAGUCAAGAGGGUUACGUCAACAGCACAUAGGAGCACGGGAGAGCUAUCACCUCCAACAAUGGCAGUUGAGUUUAGUGAGCAAACCGACUCGGAGAUUCUAGAAAGCUUGGGUUAUGUGGCGGGAAAUGCUAGUCCUCUUGCCAGAGAGGUUUUGGGAGUAUCGCCUUCUGAUAACCCCUUCUUUCCUUCGUCUGGCGUAGGAAAAAUACCAAAUGAUCCACGACGGAGUCAAGUUUCUGUACUUGAAUUAUUUCCAGAUAGGCAUGUUGUCGAUUUCCUUAUCCAAUACUUUUUACAGGAAGUAAAUUGGAUAUAUGAAAUGAUAUAUCCGCCGACCUUUAUGGAGCGAUAUACUUCAUGGUGGUUACAGCCAGCCUAUCAGGAGAGUGACGACAUACAAUUUGGUAUUUUAAUACUCCGGCUCUGUGCGUGUAGCGUACAACUGCUCCCACACCCGAAUUAUCCCCACGAAGGAACGUUCCAAUGCUCGUUGAAGGAGUUGGAAACUCGGUGCAAAAGUUCAGCGAAUAUUCUUGACACCUUUCGUCCAAGACAUAUGUCCUUGACGAGGAUCCAGCAUAUGUUCUACCACGCGGCAUUCCUCACCAACGAGUCAAAUCUGAGAGAAAACUGGAUCAUCCUCAGCGAUAUUGUGAAAGAAGCGCACAUGUUAGAAUUGCAUUUGGAAAACCCAAGGGUCAAGGUUACGGAGUUUGAAAUGGAAAUGAGGAAGCGAAUCUUUGGUACGAUACAUAUGUGGGAUAAGUUGAUGUCAGGACUGCAAGGGCAUUGGCCACUUAUUCCAGAAUCAUAUUGCGACAUUGGACUUCCUCGAGAUGCGCUUCCCGCGUCACCUUCAGUGCCUGGAGCUCCUACUCCAUUUACCGAUAGAAUUAUCCAUAUGAGGCUUGCCAAAGCUCUGAGUUUCAAAAAUAAAUCUGAAGAACUGAAGUCCAGAUCACCGAAUCUUGCUUCGAUACCAGCCAUCGCUGAAAUGAUUGAGACCGAAAUUAUAUCCUCACUACCUUCCGUAUACAGCCUUUCAGAUUAUGAUGAACAGUUUAAUACCAUCCUACCCAGCAUUCCUUUGAAGCGUGAGCAGUUGCGUGUAACAAUUACUGGUUCGCUCGCCAUGGCUCACCGGACCUUUACGGGAAUGCUGCACGAUCCAAACUUUACCGACUUAUCGUCUACCAAAGAGCAGAAGGCGGCCUUUAAGCUUCAAAAGAAGCUGAUUGAGUACUCUAUAGAUACCUUGCGAUCAGUGAUACGACUAGCAGACAUGCUUCCUGGUGGUUGUAAAAAGUUGUUUCUGAUUAGUCUCGUGCCACUAGAGACGUCUGUUGUCCUUGGUCUCUGCCUCAGGGGCAUCCGCAGAAAUAGGCGAGCAUACGUAAGCCUCUCUCGCCAGGGACUUGCAGCAUUCACGGAAAAUUCGGAACUUGAAAAUUCCGUAAAUACCGCGUUCCUUGAAGGCCUGACGUUUUUGGGUGAUCUGGCACAAUAUUCACCGAUAGCCGCGAAGGGGUUACAGAUAGUGAAAUCAUUGCAUCAAAAGCUGCAGAAGGACGCCACUAUUGACGUCGCUGAACACGGAUUGUAUUCUCAAGCUUCCACCCGACUCCAGCAAGAGCAGCAACAGCAGAGUACGCAACAAGCAGCAACUUGGGGCCAGGUGUCUGAUUCCGAGAUAAUGACAGGUUCGGCCAUUGCGAGCGAACAAGUUGGGAAUAUGUUGGCUGGGGCUCCCAUUAGCACAAGCUCCGAAAUGGGAAUGGAGCUAUAUGGAUGGUCGCAGAUAACAACGCCGCCACAUCCACAACCAGAUUUGCACCAAUAUGCUCAGGAAACGUCAGCGCCAAACUUGUGGUACUACGAUGAUACGCUUGUUGAGCGUUAUGCAACAAGCGCUCUGUGA